AAUGGAAAUUUAUGAUAAAAUUUCGGACUGCAUUUCUUUAUUCUCUAAAAUAUAUUCCGAUCAGGUACUAAUAAUGUUUACCACUUGGCUAUUAUGUGCGAUACUAGCGAUUUGUAGAUCUAUAUCUCCAACGAUAAACUAUAGGAAUGUUUACAAAAGCGACAUUGCAAGAUUUCUUUCAAUAUCCGGACGACCAAUCGUGUUGACAGAGUUCAGUGAAUAUUUCAUUCGGGAAAGAAAGAAAACACAGAUGCUCAUUUUGUAUAUAAUGACAUACGAAAAUCUUGAUACUGAUUACUUCGUACAAGUGCAAACAAUGGCAGAUUUGGUGAAAACAAGGAAAUUAGAGGUGUCCGCAAAUGUUUUUACGGUGGAAAUACCAAUAAUGCUGAGCUUCGCUGGUACCGUUAUAUCCUACAGUGUGCUGAUGAUACAAUACUUUUAUAUGCGCAUCGUCACCUCGUAGAUUGGACACCAAGUACAGUUUCGUUUUGACAGCUAUCAACGCUGAAAUAUUACGAGAUAUUUAAUCUUAGUCUUGAGCACAAAUUAUAAGUUUUUACGACACAAACCUUCUUUGAUGUCCUUAGAACACCUUAACAUAGUUUCGUCAAAACUGUACUGGGUUUAAAAUACGAUAAUGGGACAU